AUGCUAUUUUGUUUUAACAAGUUUGGCUGUUUGAAAUGCCAACUAACUAUCUUUUAUUUCUUGUUUCUUCUCUCUUAUCCAGCUGUUCCUUCUGCCCCUCAACGGGUGAUCUCAAUGGUGAAUGAAACUUCUGUUAAACUGGAGUGGAGCCCACCACUGGAGAGUGGUGGUCGAGAAGACGUUGUCUACAACAUCAUCUGUAAAAGCUGCGACAGCAGGCGAGGAGGCUGCACCCGCUGUGGAGACAAUGUUCAGUUUGUUCCACGGCAGCUUGGGCUAACAGACACAAGUGUCCACAUUAGUGACCUCCUGGCUCACACCCAGUACACCUUUGAAAUUCAAGCUGUUAAUGGAGUCUCUGACCAGAGUCCAUAUUCACCACAGUACACGUCUGCCAACAUCACAACUAACCAGGCUGCACCAUCAGCAGUGUCUAUUAUCCACCAAGUUAGCAAAACUCCCACCAGCAUUACUCUGUCCUGGUCUCAACCCGAUCAGCCAAACGGUGUUAUCCUGGACUAUGAACUGCAGUAUUAUGAAAAGAACUUGGCUGAAUGGAACUCCUCUCUGAUAAGAAGUCAGACCAACACAGCAGUCAUACGGGGCUUAAAGCCUGGGACUAUCUACGUCUUUCAGGUCCGAGCUCGGACCGUUGCCGGAUUUGGAAGCUUUAGUGGGAAGAUGUACUUCCAAACUAUUACGAUGGAAGAGUAUAAUUCCAGUAUCCAGGAAAAGCUGCCUCUAAUUAUCGGGUCAUCUGCAGCAGGAGUCGUCUUUAUCAUUGCCAUGACUGUUGUCAUAAUUGUUUGUCGCAGGAGGGGUUCAGACAGACCAGAAUCGGAGUACUCCGACAAACUCCAACAUUACACCAGUGGCCAUAUUUCACCGGGGGUGAAAAUCUACAUUGACCCCUUCACAUAUGAAGAUCCCAAUGAAGCUGUAAGAGAGUUUGCCAAAGAGAUCGACACGUCUUGUGUCAAGAUAGAGCAAGUGAUUGGUGCAGGUGAGUUUGGAGAGGUAUGUAGCGGAAACCUGAGGCAGCCUGGGAAAAGAGAGAUGCUGGUGGCCAUCAAGACCCUGAAGGCAGGCUACACUGAACGCCAGAGACGGGACUUCCUGAGUGAGGCAUCUAUCAUGGGCCAAUUUGACCAUCCCAACAUCAUCCAUCUGGAGGGCGUUGUAACAAAGAGCAGCCCUGUAAUGAUCAUCACAGAGUUUAUGGAGAAUGGAUCCCUUGACUCCUUUCUUAGGCAAAAUGAUGGGCAGUUCACUGCGAUCCAGCUGGUGGGAAUGCUUCGUGGAAUUGCAGCAGGAAUGAAAUACCUUUGUGAGAUGAACUACGUGCAUCGAGACCUUGCUGCAAGAAACAUCCUGGUGAACAGCAAUCUGGUGUGCAAAGUGUCUGACUUUGGCCUGUCGCGUUUCCUGGAGGAUGAUACAUCUGACCCAACAUACACCAGCUCUUUGGGAGGGAAGAUUCCCAUUCGCUGGACAGCUCCUGAAGCUAUUCAGUACAGGAAGUUCACUUCAUCCAGUGACUGCUGGAGUUAUGGCAUAGUCAUGUGGGAGGUGAUGUCGUAUGGUGAACGACCUUACUGGGACAUGAGUAACCAAGAU